AUGAUUAUUGAUAUCCAUUUAGAAGUCCUAGACGAAAGUCAAAAGGGGGACACCAAACUGAUCCAGGAAAACUUUUUUGAAAUUUUGGUUCAAGAAUUUAUGAGAAGCGAAUUCAUAAAAGAAGAAAAUGUUCCUAAGAACAGGUUCCAAGGAAGGAAGACUUUGUUCCUAAGGAAGAGGUUCCAAAGGAACUGGUUCAAAGUUCAGAUUUCGGAUUUAGGGAGGAAGUCUUUCUUCUUAAGGAAGGUGUUCCUAAGGAAGGUCUUCCUAAGAACAGGUUCCAAGUUCAGAUUCCGGGUUUCAGGGAAGGAAGGCUUUUUUCCUAAGGAACAGGUUCCAAGCUUAGAUUCGGGGUUUAGGGAAGGAAGACUUUGUUCCUACAGAAGAUGUUCCUAA